ACAUCCUGGAUUCUGUAGAUCAGACUCUGGCCGAGUAUCAGGGACAAAUUCGGCGGAUUACAUCUGAAAAUGAGACACUGAGAGAAAAACUACGUUCUCAAGAGGCCAUUACAUGCCAGGUGAAAACAGUGCAUGACAAUCUUGUUGUUGCUGAUGGGGACUUAAGACCGACUUUUCUUCAUCAUCCGACUGUACCUGGACAUAGGGGUCCAGGGAAAGCCUCUCAGAAACAGAGGGAAGAUUGGAGCAAGACAGCAGGUAGCUCUAGAUCUGCAUUACUAAAACCAAGCCCCCUUCCAGCCAACAGCGGAGCACAUCAGUUAGAUGAAGAAGUGCAGAGUACCACAGUACCUUAUGUAAAGAUUGACCCAGACAUUGAAGAUGACAGCAGCCUGUUAAAGCAUCAGUCCCCUGUUAACCUUACAACUAAGAUCAUUAAAGUAGAAGGGUCCGAGGAGAACUUUUCAGAAUGUUACAUUGGAUCUCCAGCAGACCUCUCCAGAGACAGUGAUGACGAGAUUCAAGUAACCAUGGUGUCCAAUAAGCACAUGAGCAGUACUAUGAGUGAAGAUGAAGCCAGCGAUAUGGGGCACCAUGAAUCGGAGAAGUCGGCACACAGCGUAUCUGAGGAAGAUAUUGAAGAUCCAACUGAUGACGCCGUUCUUGGUGUCUGUUUUGAUGAUGAUGGAUUGGCUUUAGAACCAGACAAGGGGUUUAUAGAAAUUUUUCAAUCAACGGAAUCGCCAAACUCAAAAGAGCUGAAGGACAGCAAAACCUUCCACUGCGCACUUUGCGAGAAGAGCUUCGGUCGCAUGGCGUCACUUAACAUACACAUGAGGACUCAUAGCUCAGAGAGAGCUCACAUCUGCAGCUACUGCGGCAAGGGUUUUAGCCGAGCUGACCUACUGAAGAACCAUCAACGCACCCAUACAGGCGAGAGACCCUAUUCCUGUAAUCUAUGCGGAAAGAGUUAUGGUCAUCAGGGCCAACUCCGGAUCCACAAACGAACCCACACGGGUGAGAAACCCUAUGCCUGCCCGCAUUGUGCCAAGCGCUUUACUGAACACAACCAGCUCAAAGUGCACCUCCGGACGCACACGGGCGAGCGACCGUACUCCUGUAGCGUCUGCACCAAGACCUUUGCCAGUGCGGGCAACCUGAGGAUCCAUCUACGGAUUCACAGUGGAGAAAAACCUCAUUGUUGUAGCCAGUGCGGAAAGAGGUUCAACAGCCAAGGCGACCUCAAAACGCAUCUGCGUGUACACACGGGCGAGCGCCCGUACCACUGCGAUCUCUGUGAAAAGACGUUCAGCCAGGCUGGCCACCUGAGCAUCCACAUGCGCAUGCACACGGGCGAGAGGCCAUACGAAUGCGGAAUAUGUGGACGCACCUUCACUGUGGCCAGCAGCCUCAAGCUCCAUCAGCUCACCCACACCGGAGAAAAGCUGCACACCUGCGUACGCUGUGAGAAAAGCUUCAGCAGGGCCAGCCAUCUGAAAAGACAUGAGCAGCUCCACGCCAAAGAGGAAACCGUACUAAUGGGUACUGAUCAAUCGUUGUCGAUGGAAGACCAAAAGCUUCAUGGUGGAGAUGAAGUACAAAAUCUGGAUGGGAUGGAGUGAACGAAGCCUCCAUCCCCACACAUAUUAGCCAGUUGGUCAUGUAAACCUUCCAUUUAGGCCACUUGGUAUUAUCAGUUUAUCAACACCCCCACUACCCCAUCCACCAAUCCAAUGGAAGGGGGCCGCUGUUGAGCGAAUGUUAUUUAGAUGGUGGUCCAUUGUCAGUACAGCAGUGCCAUUGGCAUGGUAGUGUGUGCGGUACUGCAGAUUGUAUCAGGAACAUCAGGAAAGUUCUAUCUACUAUCUUUCACAUACACAAGCUCGCAGAGGUGUAUGAUUUGCGAUAGUAUGCCAUUCCGCCCACCCAAAAACCAUGGCAAAUUUUACUCCCUUGGCUUUCAGGCCAUGGAUGGCUGUGGCGUCUUCGAGAUUCCAACUCACGAUCCCCUGGGUUGGCACUUUUAGUAAUGAGGUUUUAAAGACUUUUACUACGACACUUACUAGUCACUUGAUUGCACAAGCCUACCUUGUUCAUUCAUCUUGUAGGUGUACAGUUGGAGAACAAAGAUCGUCUUUUUACUGAGUACAACACUUUUGUUGGCUGGACAUUUUUGCUUCAGAAAUAGUCCACCAACUUGGUAUAGAAUGAGGGAGUAGGGAGAAACACUGCUGUAUCUUAUACAUUCACUGUGGUCACUGGGAUCACUGUGCUGAAAAUGAUCCACCACCCAAAUAGUACUAUGAGGGUCACUUUCAAUGAUGGGCAGGUGUGGAGGGCUUGACUGUAGUCAAUCUUGACUAAGUAAUUGUUCAACUACAAAGUGACCUGUAUGGUAGUUCUACAUGUUACAGUAGCCGAUGAGUGCAGGUAGCUGUACCCAAUGAAGUGGCACCAUGUGUGAUAUUCAUACAUUUCAUUUUGCUUUACAACUCUUUAUUGCACAGUCAAAAAAAACUAUUAAGAAAUAUCCAAAUGUUUGGUUGUCAAACAUAAGUUAAUGACAUUUAUUUUACAUCAAAAGUAUUAUGGUGGACAUAUGGAAGAAAGUUAGAAUUAAAUUAGUGGUUUGUGGUGUUGUUUUCAACGGUUAAAGAAAAUGAGAAAGGCCUGGGAAAACCCUUCAUGUAGCAGACUUUUGACUAGCAAACAUUUUCCUUUAUAUGUAAUUCUAAAAAAAACUAUAGUCUUUUCUGAACUUAGAACUCUUUUGCGCAUAUCUCAAUCGAGUGAAGUUUAAAAGUCUUGAUUUAUGUCCAAAAGUGAAAAGGAAGAAAAGUGUAUUUAAAGAUCCCGUUCCAAGUGCAGCACAGGAGCAUCACGAACAUUUAAACAGCUGAUUACAAACUGAAUUGAUUAAGCUUAUGUCAGUUACGGCACAUAGCCAUUCGACUUCAUCAAACCUGAUUUAUUUAUUUUUUUGGUUGUUUGCUGGAAAUCUGCCAUAGUGGCAUCCAAUUGGGUUUCCCAAAUCUCCACACAUAUUGGCCAACUAGAACAGUAAGUACGGUGAAUAUAAUGAAAAUGCGCUUUGAUAAUACAGUGUAGAAUGUGAGGUAUUUUCUUGUAAUUCCUAUUAUUUCUGAUGCUAGAGAUUGAAAACUGGGCUUUAAAUUUAUCUUUGAUUCCCUGCUGAGGCCUUGAUGCUGGCAACCCCUUCUCACUGGAAACUGAAUUCCUUGUUUUGAAUGCAAUCUUUGUGCUUUCUGAGGAAUCACAUAAACAGUGUUAUACUGUCAUUAAUCAUAAUAGAAGGAUUUUUUUUUCAAAUGGUGACUAAUUGUAACAUACUGAUCAAAGAUGCUGAAUUAGUUUUUUGUUCUUAUAUCUUAAUAUGACUGUGUGAUUUUUAUAUUAGCCAACACUUUUGUUCGAUGUCUGUGUGCGCCAGAACCAUUCAGUCCGACUGAUUUAUCCGCACUUGUAAAAGAGAGCAAAUGUAUGAAACAUAUUUGCAUAUAUUUCCGUAGAUAUGGUUUCUUUCUUAUUUUUAAAAAUUCUACCACAUCUUUUAUGCAUUUUAGGGCAUGCAUUAUUUAGUAUUCCUUACCGUUCCAGUUUGUGCGUCUUCUCUAUCAGUGCAUAAAGGAAUCAUGUAAACUAAACUACAGUCUUGAACUAAACUGAUAUUCAAAAUCCAUACUUGUGAAAAUGACUGUAACCUUGUUAACGGUAUUGACGAGAUUAGCUUUGUGACCAUAGCGCAGUAUCAAUUUAAAGUGCACACAAUAACUGCAAAUUCCCCUUGACAAUAAAGGUUAGAUGGUAAUGUUAACUAAAAGUAUGUACACGUUAUAAUGAUUAAUAUUGUUUACUUAGUGGAAAUGUAGUGGAAAUUAAGCCAUUCUUGCAAUUGUCAUUCCAUCAUAAUAAAUGAAAUGAAAAAUCAAAUGUGUUUUUGCACAUUACUGAAGUGAAUUUCUGAAGUGUGCUUAAGUAAUAACAUUUAUAUUACUAGAAUUGUUUGUAAUGUAUGCUUGUUUUUCUAGACUCUGAUUGGUAGAGCAAUCAAACCACUGUUAUAGAAGUUUUGCAACCAUUAAAAUCCAGCAUUUUAUAUAAAAGACCCCUUUACAGAAAAGCCACAUGAACUUUACAUUUAUAAUAGUGAUUGAUUUCUGUUUGUGUGUGAUUUUACACGAUUCGUUUACUUACACAUUAUUUUUGCACCAUUUCUUUUCACAUGCAAUUUUUUUUCCAUGACUAAUUUUUCAUGUUUUUCUCCCAUGAUUCAUUCAGGUUAUUUUCCAUGAUUAAUUUUGUUUAAACAUGUUAAUUUUACCUCCGUGUACUCCGGUUUCCUCCCCCAGUCCAGAGACACGCAUGGUAGGCUGAUUGCCAUGUCUAAAGUGUCCGUAGUGUAUGAAUGGGUGUGUGAAUGUGUGUGUGAGUGUGUGCCCUGCGAUGGACUGACACCCUGUCCAGGGUGUACCCCGCCUUGUGCCCGAUGCUCCCUGGGAUAGGCUCCAGAUUCCCACACGACCCUGAAAAGGAGUAAGCGGUUGAAGAUGGAUGGAUGGAUGGAUGUUAAUUUUACUAAUAUUUUUCACAUUAAUAAUUCAUUUUCACAUGAUCACAUUGUUCAAAUGUUUACAGUGCCUUGCAAAAGAGUUUUUUUAAAGUUUUUUUUUUUAAAUUCCUCUAUAGGGUUGUCACGGUAACAAAAAUUUCAGUAGUUGGUACCAAUACCAGUAAUAUUCCACCGUACCAAUUUCAGUAUCAAAGUAAAACAAAAAAACAUGUUAAUUGAACAACACACUAUUUUAUUAAAGUUAAAUAUAGAAUGUGUUUUUAAAAAUGCCAUUCUGUAUACUUCAAGUACAACAUUAUUAAAGCUAUUAGAGUUAUCCAGCCAAGAGUAGAAAUGUUUUUCUGACUGACUGAUAAAGACAUAAACAGUUCUAGAUACACGUUAUUUUCUAAUGCAUAAAUUUCAGAUAUAUCGGUCAUCAAAAAGUCUCUGGUGUGUAAAAUUAAUAAAUCCCAUCACGUCCUCCCAUUUAUUUCACAACAAUAAAAAUUAAAGCAUUAAUUGGUUAAUAAGGACUCCUGACCGUAUUACUGUUAAACGCGCGUAUGCUAAACAUUAAGCAAAAACCAGGAUUUUUACUUUUAUUUUUUGCAAUAAUACACUCGAAUUAAACUAUUCUACAUUUAUAAUAUAACCGCUACCAUAAUCUGAAAGUCAUUGAAUAAAUACUGCGGUUAAACAGCCG